AUGCAGCUUCUGGAACACGACAAGUUUGCUUUCAAGCAAUGGCUGCUACCAAAGCUCGCCAACCGGACAGAAGCAGAACCUGAAGUUCUGGCGGAUUACGUCGCAGAGCUGUUUGCAGGAGAGGGCUCACCGGCAGAUAUUAAGCGCGCCAGUGUUGAGCAGCUUUCGGACUUCCUCGAAGAUCAUACCGAAACGUUUGUCGAUGAAAUAGCUACCGCGAUUGAGCAGAAGAUUUGGACCAGACCGGCAGCCACGGAGAAGAAAGAGAGGAAGAAGCUAGCAGCGAAACGCAAAGCAAGGGAAGCGCCGCGACCUGCGCAGCCGACGUCUACACCUCCGACAGCUCCCAAAGCCGCGACCGCAACCUCCAGCUCUAUAACGCGCCCCUCACUGUCCACGCUCGUACCUGAUGCGCCCGUUUUCGUCCCUAGAGGCCAAGCCAUACCAACUGCGCCGCUGAGCCAUGAUGCUUCCAUACCCACAGGCCCGCGCGCCGACCGCAAUUUGAAGAAGGUUCAGAAUGGUUUCCAAGCACAAUCGAGGAAGCGAAAACUCCAAGAGCGAGAUACCGGCGGCGAGAAUGUUGCGGACAGCUCUGCGAGCGAACGGCCACUCAAGCAACUGGCGCGAAGAGGUGGAGGACAUGCCGGUAGAAACGGACAGCGUGCGGAUCCCACGGUAGCAAGGGCUGGACUUCUAUCGAACGUUACACCGUUCACACCGGGCUCGUUUGCAGGGCAACAGCCGCCCGCGCUACCUCCGUUUGACUCUGACUCGUUCAAUCCAUUUAAUUUUCUGGCCGACCUCUCUGCGAUGAUGAGCAUGAGCUAUUCAGGGCAAGCAUUGGGCGCACAAACUCCAAUUCUUCCACACAUCAAUCCCGCGGCUGCCACAAUUAAAUGCGUGGACUACGAAACGAAAGGAAUCUGCCACAUGGGAACAUUAUGCCCUUACAAUCAUGGCAAGGCAGUGAUCGUUCCUGCGGAUGCGGAAUAUGACCCGAAUAACGCAUCACUUGCGAUGCUGCCGCAUUCCAAUGGUCAUCGAACGAGCAAUGCUAACAACGGCGAUCGUUCCGGGCACCAACGUCGCGAACUUGGUAGAGCUGCGUUCUCGCAAUCCGGACCCUCACGAGGCUCGGAAGACACAUUGGUUGUUGGACAGAUCCCCGAAGACCAUCUCACCGAACAGCAUGUGCGCGACUUCUUCUCCCAGUUCGGUGCAAUUGUCGAUGUGCAAAUGCGUACCGACAGCCGCCUCGCUAUCGUCAAGUUCAGCGACCAUCCUGUUGCGCAGCGUGCCUACGACAGUCCGAAAGCCAUAUUCGAUAAUAGAUUCGUAAAGGUUUACUGGUACAAACCUGAAGUUCAACAGCAGAGGGUCGGCACGAAUGGCGUCUUGAAGCGGACCUCGGCUCAAGAUGGAAUGCCCGCAAUCUACAACGAAGACGAGGACAUGAUAGAUAUGGAAGAGUUCAGCAAGCAGCAGGCACAGCUUCAGAAAGAGUUCGAGCAGAGGCGCCAGAAGACCGAGGAGGCAACAGCUCGGUCCAGCUUGCUCAGCGCGCAGCUCGAGGCCAAAGAGGACCAGUUGACCGAGCUCCGUUCUACGCUGAUAGAGAAAGCGAGGGCCAAAGGUCUAGAGGCCAUUAUUACAAAGGAACAGCGAGUACCCUCAGGCGAUUUGGAGGAUUUACAAGCCGAAGCUGCGGGCUUAUUCGCAAACGCUGGGCCACUCGACGCACCGAUGAAUCCUCGUGGAGGCUUUACUAAUGGCCGUGGCUCAUUUCGAGGUGGCUUCCGAGGCCGUGGAAAGGCUCGUGGAGGGCGCGGUGGCGUGGUUCGACUUGACAACCGACCGCGCUCCCUCGCGAUUGCCGGUGUCGAAGCUGGCUCAGAGAAGGAGAAAAUGUUGAAGCGGCAGCUUCUUAAUGCGAUGGGCUGCACGGGCGUCUAUCCAUACGGCGAGCGCGCCAACACCCUCGUGGUAGGCUUCGAGCAACGCUUCCAAGCGGAGAUUUUCUUGAACGAAGCUUUCCGCAUUCCUAAUGUCAGCGUUGGUGAUCUAUCGUGGGUUCCCAAGGAUGCUACGGUCGUACAGCAGUCCAUUGAGUCCGAUGAACCCGUGGUUCUGCAUCAAGAUACAGAUGAUGAAGUCUCUGACGGCCAGAUGGAUGUGAAGGUGGAGGUGGAUUUGGACGUAGCUGAUGAUGAUGAUCAGUGGCUGUGA